UUAUUUUGCCAAACCUAUAAGUAGUGCGUUCAUGGAGCGGCAGCAGAAGAGUGUGUGUUUGAUUGUGUGUGUGUGUGUGUGUGUGAAACUGACUUGUAAAACAACUCUGACACGCACCGAGAUAAGGACCAGGACGUUCACGCUGCGAGUUUAAUGGAACGUGAAAACACAGUGGAUUAUUAUUAUUAUUCACCUCGGAAGUGAUCGUCCUGUGGUAGAUUUAUUCACAUCUGGAGCGGAACUCAGACCGGCCCAGAUGUUAAUCCACACAUACUCGGCUAUGGACCGCGCUGACGGACUGAGUGGCUCUUCUCCGAGCGGGCGCUUGUCCCAGCUCUCCUCCCUCAACCAGGCCGCCUACUCCUCGGCUCCCCCGCUGUGCCACACUCCGGCCUCCGACUUCCAGCCGCCCUACUUCCCUCCUCCGUACCCGCAGUCGUCCCUGCCUUACUCCCAGAGCCAGGAGUCGGCCUACUCCCACCUGCCGGAGCCCUACCCGUCCAUCAACUCCAUCCAUCAGCACCAGCAGGCGGCAUGGCACUCGCAGAGGUCACGCUCCGAAGAGGCGGGGCUCCUGUCGCAGUCGCACCGGGCUUUGAGCCUCGACCCCCGGCGGGAGUAUCCAGCUGUACCGCGGCUCCUUCACGGUCUCGGGGAAGGCGCAGCCGCUCUCGGGGAGGGGCCUCUCGGCAUGCACCUGGGACAUCACGGCCUGGAUGACCUUCAGGGAAUGGAGGAAGGAUCAGCCUUGGGCAUCCUGGACCACUCUGUCAUUAAAAAAGGUCAGUGUCGCAGGCUGCUGGAGCAGUUUCCAGCUGUGAUUGGGCGCGAGGCGGGGGACACCCUGUCUUUUUACUCUGUUCCCAUCCCGUCGAAGCUCAACGGCUCGUCUCUGUCCGCCCUGUCCAUGGGGAAGGAAGGACUCGGCAUGGGAGCCGUGUCCAACCCGGCUGAGGUCUUCUGUUCGGUACCGGGUCGCCUAUCGCUGCUGAGCUCCACGUCCAAGUACAAGGUCACGGUGGGAGAGGUUCAGCGACGACUGUCCCCACCAGAGUGUCUCAACGCCUCGCUGCUGGGAGGAGUCCUCCGCAGGGCGAAGUCAAAGAAUGGUGGCCGCUGUCUGAGAGAGCGUCUGGAGAAGAUUGGCCUCAACCUGCCCGCCGGGCGACGCAAGGCGGCCAACGUCACUUUGCUCACAUCUCUCGUGGAGGGUGAAGCCGUCCACCUGGCGAGGGACUUUGGUUACGUGUGUGAGACAGAGUUUCCAGCCAGAGCCACCGCCGAGUACCUCUGCCGCCAGAGCGACACGGACCAGCUGCCCACCAGACGCAGCAUGCUGCUCGCCACCAAGGAGAUCUGCAAAGAGUUUGUCGACCUGAUGUCGCAAGACCGGUCCCCGCUGGGCGGCAGCAGACCGACUCCCUGCCUGGAGCCAGGCCUUCAGGGAAGCCUCACCCACUUCAGCCUCCUCACGCACGGGUUCGGCACCCCGGCCAUCUGUGCCGCCCUCUCUGCAUUCCAGAGCUACCUGAUGGAGGCGAUAAAGAUGCUGGACAAAGGAGACGGCGGCGGCAAGAGCCACCACGAGAAGGAGAUGAAACAUCGCAAAUAGACUGAAGAGACGGUGGGAAAAAGGCGUUCAGACCUCCAAUCGUGACCUUUGCCACCUCAGGACUAAGUCAGACGAACCUUCCAGAAAACCUCUUCGGAGCCUCUCGAGAUGAAGGCGGGGCUUAUCAUGAUGUGUGUACCGUAACGUUUGUCCACAGCACCUCGAUCUUGGAAGACGCAUGGACCUCUCUCUUCGUUGACAGAAUCAGGAUCGACAUGUUUUUCUUUUGUGAGACAGAACUCACCUGGGAAACACCGCGAGCCAUAUCCCAGACGUAAACUUGCUCUUGAACUGUGCGGGGCGGAGGGGAGGGGGGAGGUCGUGUGGAGGAGCUGAAGGCAGCUAGAGACAUUUGUUCUUGGUUUUAUUUAAAAAAUACUUUUUGUACUUUUCGUGUCUGUUUAUUAUU